AUGCAAGCUCUUGCAUCAGACAUCCCCGGUGCAGACCCAUCAUGGCACCAUCGACAGGACCACCCUUAUUACAAACCCAGCCAUCAUCGAUUGCAGCGCUUUGUGCGCGAAUACGUGGAUACCGAAAUUGCUCCUAACGUGGAAGAAUGGGAGAGACAGGGUGAUAUCCCGGAGACUGCAUUCAAACGACACGCAGAAUUAGGGUUUUUAGCUGCGUCGGCUUUCCCCAUACCUCGGGAUUUUGUUCAGGGUGUGACUUUGCCGGCAGGGCUGAGCGUCGAUGAAUGGGAUGAAUUUCAUGAUGCUAUUGUCAUCGAUGAAAUGGCCCGAUGUGGUUGUCUAGGCACGGUUUGGGGCAUCAACGGCGGCGCGUCCGUUGGCGGACCUCCCAUUGAUCGAUACGGGACAGAAUCACAGAAGCAAAAGUAUCUCGCUCCGCUGCUACAAGGGCUACAGAGACACUGCUUGUGUGUGACCGAACCAGCUGCUACAACAGUCGGCUCCGAUGUGGCUGGAUUAACCAUGACUGCAGCUAAAACUCUAGGUGGCAGCAGCUACAUGCUCAAUGGAGAGAAGAAGUGGAUCACUCAGGGUCGCUGGGCGGAUCAUGGCUUGGUAGCAGCAAGAACUGGCCCUAGCGGUGCCAAAGGAAUUUCGAUGUUCAUUGUGCCUUUGAAUACGAAGGGCAUUUCAAGACGCAAGAUGGAGAACUCAGGAGUCAGCUCAAGCGGUUCGACAUUUCUAGAAUUCGACGAAGUACAUGUUCCCUCCGAGAACCUCUUGGGAAGAGAGAACCAGGGUUUCGAGAUCAUCAUGUCAACCUUUGCCCAUGAACGUCUUUGGGUGGGGAUUACGGCUCUUCGCCUGAGUCGGGUAUCCUAUGAAGACGCGUAUCGGCACGCAUUGAAACGCAAGACAUUUGGCAAGUCUCUGUUCGAAAACCAAGUCAUUCGCCAAAAGAUUGCGAAGAUGGUCAACUUGCUCGAACCGACACAGGCAUACAUGGAAGAACUGGUCUAUCGCUCUGUGCGCAUGCCGUCCAUCGAGUUCUCUCCGUUGGCAGCCAUGCUGAAGGUCCAAGCAGCGCACAACCUGGAGAAAAUUUCAAGAGAGUCUCAGCAAAUCUUUGGGGGAUUGGGGUACUCCAGGGGCGGACAAGGGCAGCGCGUCGAAAUGAUCAGUCGCGAUGUCAGGGUUUUGGUUGUGAGCGGUGGAAGCGAGGAGAUUCUGAUGGACAUGAUUGCCAAACAGCAACGGCGAUUGGCGAACCUAUAA